GACACUUGUCUUUUCGUCAGACCUAUUAAGACUUUUACCAGAGAGUUCUGUCGUCAGAUUGAAUUCUACAAAAUUUCCCUUUUAUCUGCCAGAACAUUUACUCAACACUUGGAGUGGUUCAAACUCUUUGAUGUCUUCCUACAAGUGUCAAAAGAAAGAAGCACUGAAAAGUCACAAUUGUGUCUUGAUUUACAAAUCAGAGACAAAAGGAGACGAAAACCAUACUCUGGACAGUAGCUUAAUCGGACUCACCACCAGGAUGUUAAAAGUGAAGAGGCUGGAAGAAUACGACAUGUGUUACAGCAGCAGCCGGCUGGAGAAUAUGGCCUUUCUUCAGUACAUGGAAAAGGGUGGGAAAGUGAAGUGUUUUCUGGAGGAAAACUCCAGUGAGCAGGAUUCAAGAUCUGGAAAGAAUGAGGCUAAGGAGAAGCUGUGGUCAAAUUCUGGCUUGACCGAAAGGGUGCCAGUCAAAGGCAAAAGAACAUCAGCCCUCACAGAGAGAUCUACCCAGAAGAACCAACUCCUCUCUGAGACAGAAAAGGUUAAUAAACUCAACAAGAAAAAUGCUGAGAAGAUCAACGGCUCUCUCGUAGAGAGAAGUUUGGCCAUUUUUCACACAGAAAGCCAAGAUGAAGUGGAAGAUUUUGCUCCACGAAAUCCCGCAGAGCUGAGAGGGAACACGGAGGGAAAAGUCAUUGCACGUAUAGAGAACCGGAGCAGACAAGAAAAUGACAGUGCUGGGGAUGAUAAACAAGCCACCGCAGACAAAAACGAACACCCGGGGUUCAAAGAAGAGAAAAAUGGGCUUCAUUCUAAGGAAGUUACUAGUGGACGAGAAGCCGAGAAAAAAGAAGAAUUAGAAACUGCAGAUGAGCCAGUGAUGGACCAAUGUCCACAUAGAGAGCAAUAUACUGAUAAAACUAACGGUGACCAAACCCAGGAAAGGUGUAUCAGCAGCCUAAAGGCCCUUUCUACAACACGAAUCCUGGGAAAUCCAGCAGUGGAAUCCAUUUUCCAGAAUGCUGAACAAACAGUGUCCUCUGGCAGCAGUAAGCGCAGAGUGACAGAGGAGUGCUUCACCAACGAGGACAACAAAAAGAGCAGAGUAGAUGUAGUGGGCACAGGUGAAGAGCACACGCGUGGAAAGACACGGGAGGCCAGGCAAGCCCAGGGGAGCUCACAGGGCAAACCCCAGGAGUCAGCUGGGAGGAAGACCCCGGGAGAGCAAGACCUCCUGACCCCACUGGAUGACAUCCCAGCUCCUCCAGCCCCAUUUGACCAUCGCAUCGUGACAGCCAGACAAGCAGCAGUCAACAGCCUCUACACUGUCCGCCAAACAGAGAUUUUAGGAGGGGGGCGUUUUGGCCAAGUUUACAAGUGUGAAGAGACAGCAACAGGUCUGAAGCUGGCGGCCAAAAUCAUCAAGACCAGAGGCUCUAAGGACAAGGAGGAAGUAAAGAACGAGAUCAGCGUCAUGAACCAGCUCGACCAUGCCAACCUCAUUCAGCUCUACGAUGCCUUUGAGUCUAAGAAUGACGUCGUCCUGGUCAUGGAGUAUGUGGAUGGUGGAGAGCUGUUCGACCGCAUCAUUGAUGAAAACUGUAACUUGACGGAGUUUGACACCAUCCUGUUCAUGAAGCAGAUAUGUGAGGGGAUACGGCACAUGCAUCAGAUGUACAUUCUCCACUUGGACCUGAAGCCUGAGAAUAUCCUGUGUGUGAAUCGGGAUGCUAAGCAAAUAAAAAUUAUUGAUUUUGGAUUGGCCAGAAGAUACAAACCCAGAGAGAAGCUGAAGGUGAACUUUGGAACCCCUGAAUUCCUCGCUCCCGAAGUUGUGAACUACGAUUUUGUUUCCUUUCCCACUGACAUGUGGAGCGUGGGGGUCAUCGCCUACAUGCUACUUAGUGGUUUAUCCCCUUUCCUGGGUGAUAAUGAUGCAGAGACGUUGAGCAACAUCCUGGCCUGUAGGUGGGACUUAGAGGAAGAAGAAUUUCAAGACAUCUCUGAGGAGGCGAGGGAAUUCAUCUCCAAGCUUCUGAUUAAGGAGAAGAGUUGGAGAAUAAGUGCAAGUGAAGCGCUCAAGCAUCCCUGGUUGUCAGACCACAAGCUCCACGCCAGACUCAACACACAGAAGAAUAAGAAUCACAGCUCUGACGCCCAGGACCUUGGGACCAAAUAGUCUACGGGAGGCACUCAUUUGAAAGGAAAACUGCUGUGGUUGCUGCUGCUUUGAGAAGAUUUUUGGAAAAAUCAGCAGUUCUGAUGCCUUGACCCCUGUGAUGACUGGUGGCCAUACAGGGGGAGCCCUUGAACUUGAACUCAGAGCACCUCUGCCACAUGCAGGGGGGACACCCAGUGCCCUGGUCCCUGGGGCACACACACAUCCCUUCACCCCAUGGUAGCCCACGUUGGAAAGACGUUUUCUUGCCAUCUUGAGUUUUUCAUUUUUAUUUUUUGAUCUCAGUCACUGGGGCAUUAUAUCUGCUAUUUCUCAGAUUACUACAGCAAUCACACUUGAGAUUUAUUGGCAGAUUUCAGACAUGGAGGAUAUGUUUAGAGGGAGAAAUCAGCUUUUGGUCAUUAAACAAUGCUUUUCAAACAGGAUAAUUAUAUCACAAAAAAACUCAAAGUCUGGUGCACCCUUGAACACUUAGUUUCUUAAACUUCCAUUUUGAUUUGGUCCAAAAUCAGGGGAAUUCAAUGGAUAUCUAAUUUUUUUGCUGGAACAUAAGCCUUCUAUAGUUCUGGGCAAGAGGCAUCAGACAUUGUAUCUUCCAUUUAUUCUGAGCUGUCAUCUAACCACAUCAUUUUCUUCAGGUAGCUGAUUCUACCUUCAAAUUUGUACUCCCCGCUCCCUUCUGACUGGCACUUCAUCCCCAGGAAACACACUGAUUUUGAGAGGCAGUGCAAAAGGUAUCUGUUUAUGGUUAGUCUUUAAAAUCACGGCCUUUAGAAUAAUGUCAACAGUCACAAGAGGUUUCUGGAAGCCCCUGUUGUCAACAAGAAGAGACCGAUCUGUGCCUCCCAGGGAAGAACAGUGCUUGGCAUCCAAUGUUGAUGUUGCUUGGGAACUAGCAGUCGAGUUUCUGGGUAAAUUCAAGCAAAUAUUUAUGAAGACCAAGAAUUUCACUGUGCAGAGUUUCAGUGACACAGUGAUUGUGAAAAAAUGGCAGUCAGAAGCCAAGAGUGGUGGGAACUCGGCUCAGCUCUCCUGUUGGGCUCAAAGAUGACAUCUCUUUGGAAGCUUCUUAUUCCCAAGCCCAUGUGCCAUUUCAUGGCAGAUAUUUAUAGGGGAAGUGGACCCUGCUAUAGAUGGCGUCUGGGGCUCCAAAAGCACUGGGCUUAAAGAGAAAAACCUGUGUGUCAUUUCUGUGUGGAGAAGAGACCAGGCAAAACUACAAACUCCUUAGUACAUGCUUAACAACACACUCACCCCUCAGCUUCAUAAACUUUUUGUUUAUAUUUUCCAUUUCCAAAUAAUUGUUUCAUUGAGAUCAGUUACAAUAGCAUUUUUUAUUUUUAGCUAUAAAUGGUCUAGGCUACUGUUGUCAUGAUAGCAAUGGAAGGUAAUAAGGAUUGCUUGGUGGCUGUGUUAAUGAGGGCACAUAUUCUGCGCCAGUUUUCCCCACGUGCUCGCACAUCCACCCAAGGGAUCCUUACAGCAUGCUCACGAAUAACUACAUGUGCACUGUCCUUAUCCUCAUAUUUAAGGUAAGGGGGAAGUUGAGAUAGAAGGAAAUGUGUAAUUUGGUAAAGGCCACAUGCCAAUUUCGUGGUCAUGCCAACUAUAAAACCAACUCCUCUCUAGCCUUUGCCCUUACAUUAAGAUGCAUUUCUUUUUUCCCUGUGGCCUAUGCAUUUAUCCAAGGUUAGUUUCUCCUGCUCCUGUUAUGUGACUAUGCUUAAAAUGUUUAAUUUCGUUUUCUUAAAAAAUGAAAAACAACGAAACAAAAAACACACGUACACAAAGCCCUGUGACUGAAGUGUUAAAUUACUGAGCUAUCUUUAGCUGAUGCUAUUCGUUGGGUCUGGAAAAAUACGAGCCAGUGCAUGCAUUAAUACUUAGUUAGACCACGGAGAGCUGGCAUUCACUCAAAUGCUAAAUGGGACACAAGGGUCUGAUUUGAAACCCCUCAUGGAAGGGCGUUCUCUGCCCUGCGGCCGGCCUGGAUUCUCUACCAAAUUGAGCAGGAGGUCUUUUGCAUGAUGUGCAGCUCACAUCCAGCUUUCCUUCUGACUCAAGUUGGCAGAUAACUUUCCCCAGGCCCUGCCAUACAUGGAAGAGACAGCUUAGGCCAAAUACAGGCAGGAUGUCUUUGCCAAAUUAAUCCACUGAUGACCCUGUAGUUCGUGGGUAUGAUUUUUUUUGUUUGUUUUGUUUUGAGGUUUAAAAAGGGGACUCUCCUUUGAAAAUGGAUCUUGUUUGAAUCUGUAGUUAAAUUUCCACAUUUGUAUGGGAAGGCAUCUUCAUGCCAGCGGGGUGCCUUUUAUAUGAGAGCUGAGGAUAGUUCCCAUUGCAGAGGUGAUGAUUACAGUCUAGAGUUACAUGAAAUGGGAGAUUAUCAGUCUAGUGUUCAUCCUGUCCCCCGCUCCACGCCCAUGUGUGGCUGCUCCAGCAAGAACUGGGAACUUGGUACAUUGCCUCUCUAAUGAGAAAAGGGGGCUUUGCAAAGAAAGCUAAGAAAACAAACCAGAUGCAAACAUGGACUCAGAGAAGCUGAGUCUGGCUGGAUGGGGGCUAUUGUGAUCAAUUUUUCCAAGAAGUCAUUAGGAUUUGAGAGCCUGUAUUUCUCCACCACCCUCUUAAUGGAAGAGAUUGGCUUCGCUCACUCACUAGGCAGUUCCCAUUUCUUUAGCAAGUGGAGGAAAUUAAGCACCAAUGUGGCACUUACCACUGCCAAGAGAGAAAGAAACCUCACAAAUUAUUAAGGAGAAAGCAUGCCCACAUUUGUAAUUUGGAAGACACCAACACUUAACCAGAAUCUGUUGCUGUUUAAAAAUCAGGGAGAAGAGGGCUUGUAUCCCCAUGUGUUACGUAAAGAACUUUGGAAGGGGUUCUUAUCUGAACUAACUUGGGGAAACAACUUCUGGUUGAAAUUCAUUAACACUCCUGUCUGUUGAGGGCAGUAGGUUUAGUGUUAGUUGCUUUUUGUCUGAUUUGAUAUUAAUUUGCUUUCUUUACUCAAAACAUGUAAAUAGGCAUGCUGUCACAUCGUCAUGGCUAACUUUGAUGUGAACCUGUUUGGAAAGAUGUGUGAAUAUUUACACAUUCAUCCAUUUUAUGGAAAUUAGUAUAGCAAUUUUUUUUUCUUAGUUUAGAAUCAAAAUAUGGAUUUGGUACUAGGGAGCUGAGAAGCCUGCUCUUUAUUUCAUUCCUUUUCUGUCCCUUCAGCUCCCUCUGCCCCAUAUGUGUGCUUGGCUAGUCCACACCAGAGGCCAACUGAUGGAACCUCAUUUGGAAAAUCCACUUGUGAGGGUGGAAGCGGGAGGAAGCAGCAGAGCCCUCCUGGGCUGUGGCCAUCAGGCUUAGUUCACCAGCCAUGGGAGCCACAGAAUUGCCACGACUGGCUUCUCAGUGUGCACAAGGUUCCCACUUUGCUUUCGCUCUUUUUUAAUUGUUUAACUUCUUUCUCUUUUCUUAAGUUAGAAUCAAAGCCCCUCUUCUUAUCCAUUGUGAUGCUCCUUCAAAACUUUUUUGAGAUAAAAAUUUUAUUACCACAUUUCUUUCUGUCCUAAAGGAAAGUUGAUGCUGGAUUUAGUGGAUGUUGGGUUCUGGAAUUAAGAUGACUUGCUUGCUUAGCUGGAAGUCUAUCGUUUCUCAAACUAGAAGUACUCUAGAUUUCUCCAUGCUCCAUUUUAGUGAGGGUGUGUUUUGUGUAAGUGGUCUAUUCCAUGGGCAAUUUCACCUUCCAUGAAGGCUUAAAAUUCAACUACUGCUACCCAUUGAAAAGAGCAGAAAGCAUCUGCUUUCUGAGUUGCACAUGCUAACUAAGAUGUAUUUUGUUGUUAUCUCACCUGAGAGACAUCAGUGAGUCCUUCGAUGAGGUUUAUUGGUAUAGAUAAGAAAUAAAAACGGAUUCAUAAUGUGGUGAUUGAGUGUAUCACAUACGUGUAUAUUUUUUGUUUCUGAACGUAGCUUCAUUCAGCCGUACGUCUUUGCCUUAUAAAGAUGUAUGACAGUCAUGUGUUAUAUUGAGAAAUAAACAUGGAAUUUAUUUAUCCUUUGGUUAAUGAGCUAAAUUAUUUAAUGACGUGGACUUGGCAAAUGCAGCGCAAACACUCUCCUUUAUGACAGGGUCUGAUAUGUCAAUCAAUUCCUGUGACAUUAAGAGCCCAGGGUAUUGCAAAGGAGCCUCACACUUAUAGGGUCUCCAGAGCUAUCUGCAGUAAUACUGCCAGCACCAUGGGGGAAACAACU